AAAUGUCUGCUUAAGGUAAUAGUAAAGUGUCCGCCUCAGUUAAUAAAAUGUCUGCUUAAGGUAAUAGUAAAAGCAUUAGUGUAGCAAUUAAGCGUGGUCAAUUUUAGUUAAUGAUGAUAAUAUUCUUUUUUUAGAAAUAUGUUUGAGUGGAGUAAGAUAAUAGAUCAAAUCGGUUCCAUUAUACCUUUCCUUGCUCAGAAGGAUUCCUCUUCCUCCACAUACGUCGCUCACCUUCUUCCAUCCUCUAAUCUCCUUUCUCUGUUUCUUUGUUUCUCUGUUUCGUGGACUUCACUUUCUGUCUUCAAAUACUGUAACCGGAGAAGAAGAGGAAUUGACAUGGAGUCCAUUCCUCCAGUGUUGAAUCAGCCAACGGUGACGAGGACUAGCUCCGUGUAUGAUCAGUCGCGACGUAAACGGAAGAAGAAACCUCCGUCUCAAUCGUCGGUGCAGAAAUGGAGAUGCGAGAAGCAACAACAAAUCUACUCGACCAACAUCAUUCAGUCUCUGAGGGAACUCCGUAUUAGCGCCGCCGCGAAUCCAUCUCCUCGCGGAGGAGGUAGAGCCAUACGCGACGCUGCUUAUAGGUCUCUGGCCGUUACGGCGAGAGGGAAAACGUUGUGGAGCCGAGCUAUAUUAUCUAAAGCUGUGAAAGUGAAACUCAACAAGUUCAGGAAACAGAAUUGGGUAAGAAAUCCAAAUCCGAGAACCGGGAAUAACCGGUUAAUGAAGAAAAGAGCAACGGUUUUGAGGUUGAAGGCGAAGGGUUUUACAGCUGUGCAGAGGAAAGUGAAAUUGCUUAGCCGGUUGAUCCCUGGUUGCCGGAAACAACCGUUACCUGUGGUUUUAGAAGAAACUACAGAUUAUAUCGUUGCGAUGGAGAUGCAGAUUCGUGCUUUGAAUGCCAUUAUUUCAGCCGUUGGCUCCGGCUCCAGCUCGGCUGUGCCGGGAUUGCUGUCGGAGACAGGUCAUGAUGGCGAAGAGACACACAUGCUCCAUUAG